AAACAAACCCCACAAUUGUCUAACAAUGAAUUAACAGUUUAAAACCAUCCCCCCCUUUACUUUUGAGAACUCAUUUUUCCAAAUUUGUCGUUAUCUCUUUCUCCUGUUGACUAAGCAAAAUGUUGAAAAAGGUAAGGCGAAAAGUCAAAGUGUUAAUCGCAAAACCCUUUAAAAGGCCAAAGAACAGGCCUCUAAGACCACCAUCACCACCACGAGAAACAGAGCCACCUCUUCCUUCACCAUCUCCACCGCCUCAAGAAAUGCCUUUCUCAAAACAAAGAAACACUCCGUUUCUCUUCCCUAGAUCCAGUUCUUCUGUUUUACCCGACCCGUCUCGUUUCUUCAGCCACGAUCUCCUCUCAUCUCCUCUCCCUACAAACUCCUUCUUCCAAAACUUCACUCUCAAAAAUGGCGACCAAGCUGAGUACUUUCACCCUUACAUCAUCAAACCAUCGGUCUCAUCUAUCUCCAUCUCAUACCCAACUCUCUCCCACAACUCUGCUUUCAUCUACGAAGCUUUCAACGCAGACAUCACCAUCACCGGCUCAGACGGACCCGACCCGCAUUCUCGAAAAACUCAUCUGAUCUCUUCCUUCAGCGAUCUCGGCGUCACGCUCGAUUUCCCUUCCUCUAAUCUCAGAUUCUUCCUCGUUAGAGGAAGCCCUUUCAUCACCUGCUCCGUUAACUCCUCCAUCACAAUCUCAACGAUCCACGCGGUUUUAUCUCUUUCCGGUAACACCUCAUCCACGAAGUACACCGUAAAGCUCAACAACAACCAGACAUGGCUAAUCUACGCCUCUUCACCGAUCAAUCUGACCAAAGGCGGCGUCUCUUCGAUCAAUUGCGGUGGUGGGUUCUCGGGUAUUAUCCGUAUCGCCGUGUUACCGAGUCCAAAUCCAGAUUUCGAAUCAACCCUCGACAGAUUCGCUUGCUGUUACCCGGUUUCCGGUGACGCUGAUUUCACAAAGCCCUUUGCUUUAGAGUAUAAAUGGGAGAAACGAGGCUAUGGAGAUCUCCUAAUGCUCGCUCAUCCCCUUCAUCUCAAGCUUUUAUCACACAACGACUGCUCAAUCACAGUUCUAGACAAUAUCAGAUACAACAGCAUCGACGGAGAUUUGGUAGGUGUCGUCGGAGAUUCAUGGGUUUUGAAACCAGACCCUGUUUCUGUAACGUGGCACUCUAUCAAAGGAGUUCAAGAAGAUGCUCACCAAGAGAUCAUCUCAGCUCUCAUCAAAGACGUUAACGCUCUAGAUUCAUCAGCUCCGGUGACGGAUUCGUCCUACUUUUACGCGAAGUUGAUCGCCAGAGCUGCGAGGUUAGCUUUGAUCGCUGAAGAAGUUUGUUAUCUCGAUGUGAUUCCAGCGAUUAAAACUUACUUGAAGAACAUGAUCGAACCGUGGCUUAACGGGAACUUUAAACCAAAUGGGUUCUUGUAUGAUCCUAAAUGGGGAGGUGUGAUUACUAAGCAAGGAUCGAGAGACUCAGGAGCUGAUUUUGGGUUCGGGAUUUACAAUGAUCAUCACUAUCAUUUAGGUUACUUUGUUUAUGCGAUUGCUGUGCUUGCAAAGAUUGAUCCUUUGUGGGGGAAGAGAUACAAACCUCCAGCGUAUUCUUUAAUUGCGGAUUACAUGACAUUGGGGAAGAAGGGAGCUGGUUCCAAGUCGAAUUCGAAUUCUAAUUACCCGCGUUUGAGAUGCUUUGAUCUUUUCAAGCUUCAUUCAUGGGCUGGAGGGUUGACUGAGUUCGCUGAUGGGAGGAAUCAAGAGAGCACGAGCGAGGCCGUGAACGCGUAUUACUCUGCUGCUUUGUUGGGGCUAGCUUACGGUGAUACACAUCUCGUGGCGGCGGCUUCGACGGUUCUGACGUUAGAGAUUCACGCCGCGAAAAUGUGGUGGCAGGUGAAAGAGGACGACACUAUAUACCCUCAAGAUUUCACAGCGGAGAAUCGUGUGGUUGGAAUUUUAUGGUCAACAAAGAGAGACAGUGGCUUGUGGUUCGCGCCAAAGGAGUGGAAAGAGUGUCGCCUUGGGAUACAGUUACUACCGUUGCUUCCGGUGUCGGAAGUUCUGUUCUCCGAUGUGACAUUCACGAAGCAGCUUGUGAACUGGACUAUGCCCGCGUUGGCGAGAGAAGGCGUUGGAGAAGGGUGGAAAGGAUUUGUGUAUGCUUUGGAAAGUAUAUACGACAAAGAUGGAGCGAUAGAGAAGGUUAAAGGAUUAAAAGGGCAUGAUGAUGGGAACUCUUUGACUAAUCUGCUGUGGUGGAUUCACAGUAGAAAGAGUGGUGAUGAUGACUUCACUGAAGACGACGAUGAAGGUGGAUACGGCGGUCACGACGGUGGUGGGAAGUAUUGCUCGUUUGGUCAUUAUUGUAAUUAAGCUUUUAAUUAAAAGUUGUUUGGUUUGUUAAACUUGAACCUUCACUAUAAUAUUUGAUUUAUAAAAUAAACAUGGUUUCAAAAUCGAUCAUUGUGGCCCUCUUUCAUAUUGUAUGUAUAA